CUUAAAUAUGACCUUAUACAUUUAAUCAACAGAUAGUGUUGUCCAUUUGCUAAUCAGACAAGGAUGUGUUGUAGAGUCGGUGGUUGUCCUUGAUCUUUGUACGCAGAAAAACAGCUGGUGGCAUCCUCCUCUCCCAAGCGUUGCCGAGGAGACGAACGACACCAGAUAAGGAGCAAAAAGUUACCAUCUCGACCCAGGACCAGACUGCGGGGGGGCAGCCACUUUGACCAUGGACCCAUACAUAUAAAAACCCUGUGUUAUCGGGCAGCUUUUGUCUUCUUCUUUGGCUAUCCUGCCUGAAGACACACGUCCCGUAUGCGGCAUAUUCCUCGAUAAGACCCGGACGUCUGUAUUGCACAUUCCUUUGUAAUAAAUCCAUUUGCUGUUAACUUUUUCUCAUCAUUGGUAAUAUCUUCCUCGACUCGUGAACAGGCGUAGGGUCCAAAAUCGCAAAUCCCUACAGUAGCUUCGAUAAAAGCUCUUUUUGUUAAGUGGUGACGUCACUGUCUCUCUGGGGCUUGUCUUGCCGUAAAGCCUCGCGAACGACGUAAUAACCAAUCCUCUCGAAGCGAACCUAAAAACGGUGCAAUGCUCAGAAUGACUGUUAUAGUCACAAUUCGUCUCUUUUGAUGGAAUCAGUAAGCGUGUUAUUAUGACGUUGUCCUCAGGUGAUAUGCAUUAGGAUUGGUUAAUGACUUUGGCAGUUUGAAUCAACUUGCUAGCUGCUAGCUUGUUGUCCGGACACAACAAAAUUGAAAAUUCCAAAAGAAGUGAAAGAAAGAGAAAAUAUCUCUAAGUAUGGUGUUUUAUGAAGUUUAUUCUCAUCCUGCUUUGAUUCGGUACAAAGCAGGUGUUUGCACGAGCGCUACUGUUUUUCUCGUUGUUGUUGCUUGCCUUACUUAUGUUUCACCGCUGUUGGUGGCUUACAGGAGCCAAGGUUUCUGGAUUAAAACCAACACGUAUGAAGAACAAGCAGUUAUUAGGUUCCGGUACGAGACUCUCCUGGUGGCUGCAACCGGUUUAAAUGGCGAUUAUGUGGCGUGGAGCACCUUUCCCCAUCUCAACAACCUGGUUGGAAAGAACCUGAGAAUCCCUGUUGUCUCUGUGAGGGAAGAGGACCAAAACCAGGAUGGAAAGUUGGAUCGUCUGAAUUUUCAACUGCAGUUACCCCUGAAAGAUGAGGAAAAUGUUUACAGUGUGCAGCUGCUACUGACCUUCAGCUACCAGCUCUUUACAAAAUCAACGGUAGUGAUGCAGAGCCUGGCAUACAUGCAGCACUCUUCCUCUGUCCCUGGAGCAAAGCUCUUUGUCAGUGGAGACCUGAGGCUGCAGCAGAGGACACCCUUGUCUCACCGCGGACUGUUCAACAUUUACAAUGUUUCUGUGAUUGAUGGCUCCAGCCAUUUUGCAAGUGCUUAUGACCUCGAAGACAUAGUGAGGCGCUACCAGGAACGGAACUUGACCACGGUACUUUCCUGCCCCAUGCCGGUAUGGACUACUGGACGGGCUGCUGAUUCUGCUUUCCAUCUUAAUGCAGAAAUUUAUUACCCUCUGGAGGUUAUUAGCUAUUAUCCUGGCUUCUGGGAAACCAUCAAGUUUGCCUGGAUCCAGUAUGUCAGUGUUCUCCUGAUCUUUCUCUGGGUCUUUGAACGCAUCCAGACAUUUGUUUUCCAGAAUCAAGUUUUAACCACUGUACCCAUCACUACUGGAAGAUCUCACCAGCUUUGAAAAUGUUUGGCUAUUGAUUUCUCAAAUUCUCAAAUGAAAUUCAUACAGUAGUGAACAAAAUAGAACUCCAAUGUGACUAACCAGAUUAAUCUGAGUUUUUAGAAUAUUUAUUUUUCUUGCUACACAUCAAGUUACUAGUAGGUGCAGUAGAUUCUCAGAAAAACAGGUUUUCAAGGAGAAAUGCAUGUUCAACAGGACUUGCUUCAUUCUUAAAUAGAGGGCACCUGAUUCACACCUGUUUUUCACAAAAUUGAUGACCUCAUUGAUUCAACGCCACACUGGAAUUUUUAACACACCUGUUUCAACAAAUUACCCUACUGCACAGCCCUAAGAGUCUGUAUACUGUAUCAUGAAUGCUGAGUCUUCUUGUAUUUCUGAGAAUCUACUGGACCUCCUCCACACUUGUAACUUGUUUGACAUAACAAUGAAAAAUAUAUACUGCGAAAAUGUGGCUUAAUCUGGUUAGUCAGAUUGGACUCCUAUUAUUUUGAACACAGAAUAUGGAGUAAAUGUGUUGGCAUAAUGGAUAGCACAGGUGCCUGUGUGGGUUUUCUCGGUGUACUCAGGUUUCCUCACAUAUCACAAAAACAUGCAUUAAUUUAAGUCUCUAAAUUGCCUGUAGGUUUGACGGUAUGUGUCUGUGUGUGCAUGUGCGUGUGUGUGUGUGUGUGUGUGUGUGUGUGUGUGUGUGUGUGUGUGUGUGUGUGUGAAUAGUUGUCUGUUUCUUUGUGCCCUUCAAUUGGCUGGCGAUCAGUUCAGGGUUCACCCAAAAGUUUGGGAUAGACUCCAGCGUCCCGACCAACCUCGUGAGGAUAAGUGGAACAGAAGCUGAAUGAAUGAAUGAAGCUGAAUGAAUUAAUAGAGUAAAUGUUCUAUCUGCUGAAAAAAAAAAAAAAAAAAAAAAAAAAUCCAUUGCUUCGUUAGUAUGUCUAUCCACACGAUUCUUCAGAGAAUCCAGUGGUGGCAAAAUCCACUUCAUCAAUGUAAAAUCAGGUAUUUACACCCCUCCCAUACACACACCUGUCUGUCUUGCUUUGUCCCGUCCUCCCCCUUCUGUCCCUCCCUCCCUUCCUCCACACAGACUGGGUUCAGAGUGUUCAGACCCUCUCAAAUUUUUCACUGUUAAAUUGAAGCAGUUUGCAAAAAUUAUUUUUUUUCCUCAGUGUACACACAGCACCCCAUAAUGACAGAAAAAGAGUUGAAUUUUUUCCAGAUUUAUUAACGAAAAACUGAAAUAUCAAACAGCCAUAAGGAUUCAGACCUUUUGCUGUAACACUCAUUUAGUGCACUUGGCUGCCGUCCAUUUCUUUUCUUCACCGUUGAGAUGUUUGUACUCAUCAAUUGGAGUCCAGUUUAUUGGAUUUGAUUUGGGAAGCCACACACCUAUCUAUAUAAGACCUUACAGUUCGCAGUGCUUGUCAGCAUAAAUGAAAAUAAUAAGAUCAAAGCAAUUGCCUGAUGAGCUCAGAGCCUGAAAUGUGGAAAGGCACAGAUAUGGCCAAGGGUACAAAAAGAUUCUGCUGAACUGAAGGUUUCUAAGAGGACAGUGACCGACAGUGAUGUUUGGGAUAACCAGAAUGCUUCCCAAAACUGGACAUCCGGUCAAAAUGAGCCUUGGUGAGAGAGAUAAAGAAAAACCCAAAGGUCAACUCUGGCUGAGCUCCAGAUUUGCAGUCAGGAGAUGAGGAAAAAGUUCUAGAAAGUCAACCAUCAUUCCAGCCCUCCACCAAUCACAGUGAAUCACAGUCCCAACAGUGAAGCAUGGUUGUGGGAGCAUCAUGCUGUGGGGGUGUUUAUCAGCUGCAGGUACAGGACAACUGGUUAGAAUCAAAGGAAAGAUGAAUGGGGCCAAGUAUCAGGAUAUCCUGAACCCAAACCUUCUCCGGAGUCCUCAGGACCUGAGACUGGCCUGAAGGUUCCAUCUCCAACAAGACAAUGAUCCUAAGGACACAGCUCUUUUAAAGCGGCAUCAUAAUUCUGUGACUGUCUUGAAUUACCUGACCAGAGCCCUGACCUGCCCUCACACAAUUGAGCAUCUCUCCAGAGACCUGAAACUGGCUGAAUAAAUAUGGCUAUGGGACAUUUCAGGUGUUUUUUUUUUUAAUAAAUCUGCAAAAAUUUCAAAUUAUAUUUUUCUGUCAAUGUGGAAUGCUGUGUGUACAUUGAGAAAAAAAAUUUUACUUAAAUGAUUAUUGGUAAUGGCUGAUAAAUAACUGAAAAUGUUAAGGGUGUCUGAAUAUAUUCUAUCCCUGUGUGUG